AUGCAACAACCACAACCAUCAACAAAUGACAAUAGUAAAUCUAUGGAUUUAGAUGAUGAAAAAAUGAUGCAAUUGGAACAAAAUAAAAUUCUUUUAUUUAAUUGUAAUGAAAUUGUUGACUUCAACAGUGGCGAUAUUAUUUUACCAACAAGAAUAACUUGUUAUUGUAGACAUCAUAAUGAAAAAGUUGGAUUCCGAAUAAAAGAUCAUACAAAUGAUGUUAUUGCAACAGGAAUGUCACCUCCAAUCAUGAUAACUGAUGAUCAUAAAUCAUCUAAAACAAAGAAUGGAAUAGCAAAAAAACGUUUAAGAACUAAGCAUGGUCGUUGUAAUAUUGUUGAUUCAAAUAAUUCAUCUAAAAAAAAAUUAAAUGAUAGACAACGUCACACACCUUCCCCUCCUCUUCCUUCUCCUACCACAACCUCAUCUUCUUCUAGCAGUAUUUAUGGGAAUAGCAACAACAGUCAUAAUAAUUUAAUGAUGAGCAUUUCGCCGAUUGAAACUCAACCAGAUUCUUCACUAUUAAACGUUAUUCCAAAUGAUGACUCAAAAGACAAUCUGUCGUCUUUAUCUCCAUCUCCCGAAUUACCAAAAAACGCAGACAGACCAUAA